AUGAUUCAGAUACUGAUUCUGAAAUGAACUACAAACUCAACUCCAAGGCUACCCCAGCUGAAGAAAAACAGUUCAUGGUGAGUGAUUCAGCACUAGCCGAGCUCUUAUCUGUUUGACGUUACUGCUCUGGGGAAGCUGUUGCCCUUAUAAAGAAUACCAGAGGUUCCAUGGUUGUCACCAACACAGUCUGUUUGAAUGGGCAUGUAUCCAUCUGGAAGAGCCAGUCUUGCCACAAUACCUUACCAUGGGGUCAUCUGAUGACAGCAACUGCCAUCCUGUGUAGCGGGUCCAACUCAAGUAAAGUUCUUCAGAUGUUUCAACACCUCAACCUGCAGACGAUAUCUUCAAGAACUUACAACAGACUGCAGACUUUGUAUGUUUCUCCAUCUGCUUCUAUGGCCUGGGAUGCAGAACAGACAGCACUUCUCACAGACCUGUAUGACAAAGAAGUAAUUGUUGGUGGGGGUGCAAGAUGUGACUCUCCUGGUUAUUCGGCAAAGUACGGGUCAUACACCAUCAUGGAUUUGGAGACCAGCAAGAUUUUAGACUUCCAAUUAGUACAGUGUAACGAAGUGAAAGGCUCUGCACAUAUGGAGUUGGAAGGUUUGAAGAGGUCCAUCAGAUACCUAGAGGACAUGAUGCACAUCAAAAUUAAAGAUCUAGUCACUGACAGGCAUUCUUCAAUCAAGAAGUUCAUGCGUACAGAGCAAGGCACAACAAACCACCUGUUUGAUGUAUGGCAUGUAGCUAAAGGAAUAUCUAAGAAGCUGGAAGCUGCUGCAAAGAAGUCGGGCAGUAAGGACAUUCGUCCAUGGAUCAAGUCCAUAGUCAACCACAUCUAUUGGAUAUCGUCUUCCUGUGGUACUAACGGAGACCUGAAGUUGGCAAAAUGGAGGUCGAUUGUAAACCACAUCAGCAACAAACAUGAGAACCACUCCAUACUUUAUCCGAGAUGUGAGCACCAGCCUAUCACAGUAGACCGACAGUGGUUAAGUGAAGGUAAAAUCUGUUCUCUUUAUUCUCAUAAAAAAAAAUCAAGAAGAAAGAAAACCAAUAUAGAAAUAUCUUAACCUUGUUUUUUCAUCGAAGUAAUUUAAUAUGAUACACAUAUAUUAAAACAAGGCGGGUGUACAUAAAACAUGAAAUGACAUAUUUCAAUAUGAUAAAAAAGAACAUUGAAUAAUGAAUAAAGUUAAAUGAUUAGAAAAAAAAAUGUAAUGUUUAUUGGUAAUUCAUGUUUCAGGCUCAGUUCCAUACAAGAGACUAAAGGACAUUGUGGAA